AUGUUCUUUGAAAUUGAAAUCCUGACUGGAUCCAAUUACAAAAAGUGGAAACGUGAUGUGGACUUUGCUUUUGAACUAGUUGAGAUUGAUAUGGUUAUUGUAAAAGAUGCACCGACAGAACCAACUGAGGAAAGUAAUGACGAAGAGAAAAAUGAAUAUGCUAAAUGGGAAAGAUUGAACAGGUUGUGCUUAAAGGCCUUAAAGAGGUCAAUUGCUGAGCAUUUACUGGGGUCUCUGCUAGAAACAAAUAGCUCCAAGGAGUUUUUUGAAGCUGUCGGUGAGCGUUUUCAAGUUUCUGAUAAUGCUGAAGCCUCAAGAUUGAUGGGUGAACUAAGGAACUUAAAGUAUGAUGAAACAGUGGGAGUCCGUCAGUUUAUUUUGAGAAUGGUCUUUAUGCAGAAUAAGUUGAAGAACUUAGAUGUGACUCUUCCUGAUAGUUUCAUUGUUCAUGAAGCUCUUUUACAACUUCCGUCAUAA